GUUCACGGACGCUUCUGGGAGAUAUGGAGAGAAUUCGAAAUCCAAAGCGGUAACGAGGACACAGUCCGUGAGAUGCUACGCAUAAAACGAUCUGUACAGGCGACGUACAACACAAGUGUUAAUGUAAUGAGCGCGCAAAUGUUGUCAGCAGCGGCUGGUACUGCAACAGGAACUAUUAUACCUGAGCGUAUGUCUUUUUUUUAA